CCAUCCUCAAAAUGAAAUGAUGCUGGAAUGGAGUGUUUUCAAAACCUUUGUAUUGGAUCACGAGAUGGUAAUAACUCCUACACUUCAGUGUCUCCAUAUUCGAACUUGGAUCGAAUCGCUGACUGCAUCGCUCGAGAUUGCAUUUUAUUGACUAUGUCUGAUAGCGAUGAAAGCAACUUAUCUGACGCUCAGAGCGAGCAGAGCGCUGCAGAAGAUGAGCAGACAAAUGAAACUGCAGAAGCGGCGUCAGAAGGCGAAGAUGGAGAAAUAGAGGAACCUGAUGAAGCAGAGGAUGGAGAGGAAGCUGAAGAAGCUGAGGAAGCUGGGAGUGAUGAAGAGGAUGAUGAAGCAGAUGAAGGGGAAGAUGCUUUAAUUAAAGACGCUGAAGAUCUAGCGGAUGAAGAUGAGGAUGGUUACGAUGAUGAAGAGUUUGAUGAAGAAGAAAGUCGAAAGAAGCGUAAAAAAUCCCAUCUUAGUAGUUUCAUUUUGGAUGAAGCUGAUGUUGAUGAAGACGGUGAGGAAUCCGAAGAGGAAUGGGAGGAAGGUGCCGAAGACAUUAUUGACCGUAAAUCUGUUCAUGAAGGACCAAGUGCACGUGACAUUGAAGGCAAAAGGCGUUUGGAACAAAUUUGGAACAGUGAAAAAGAAGAUGAAAUUGAGGAAUAUUACCGACAGAAAUAUGGAGAAUCAACUGUCACAGAACGUUUUGGAGAAGGUGAAGAAAUGUCAGAUGAAAUUACACAACAAGGUUUGCUACCUGGAGUAAAAGACCCUAACAUGUGGGUGGUGAAAUGUCGAAUGGGAGAGGAAAAGGCCACGGUUGUGUUGCUGAUGAGAAAAUUUAUCACUUAUCAGUUCACAGACGAACCUUUACAAAUAAAGUCAGUAAUUGCCAAAGAAGGUUUGAAGGGCUACAUAUAUGUUGAAGCAUUUAAACAGACCCACGUUAAACAAGCAAUUGAAGGAGUCGGCAACUUGAGGAUGGGAAGAUACAAACAGCAGAUGGUGCCCAUCAAAGAAAUGACAGAUGUAUUAAAGGUUGUCAAAGAAACAACAAAUUUGAAGCCUAAAUCAUGGGUUCGUCUUAAAAGAGGUAUUUACCAAGAUGAUUUGGCUCAGGUAGAUUACGUGGAACCUUCUCAGAACAUUGUACAUUUGAAACUCAUACCGCGUAUUGAUUAUACACGCUACCGUGGUCUAAUGAAGAGUUCAAAUCCUCCCCAACAAGAGGCAGAUAAGAAGAAACGCAAACGAAAACCUCCUCCCAAACUCUUUGAUCUUGAUGCCAUCAGGGCUAUUGGAGGAGAAGUCACUGCAGAUGGAGAUUUUCUCAUCUUUGAAGGCAACCGUUACAACAGAAAAGGAUUCUUGUUCAAAAGUUUUGUCAUGUCUGCCAUUAUUGCUGAUGGCGUCAAACCAACACUGACUGAACUGGAGAAGUUUGAAAAUACACCAGAAGGAAUUGACAUGGAGUUGAUUCCGGAAAGGACCAGCUUCACAGAAGUGACACAUAAUCUUAUUCCUGGAGAUAUGGUGGAAGUCUGUGAAGGAGAAUUGAUAUAUCUGCAAGGAAAAGUGAUUUCUGUUGAUGGCAAUAAAAUUACAAUAAUGCCGAAACAUGUUGAUCUAAAGGAUCCUCUAGAGUUUCAAGCACACGAACUUCGCAAACAUUUCAAAAUGGGGGACCACGUGAAGGUGAUUGGUGGACGUUACGAGAACGAUACUGGAUUAAUUGUUAGAGUUGAAGAAAAUAUGGUUGUUUUAUUUUCGGAUUUGACCAUGCAUGAGUUGAAAGUUUUACCAGAGUAUCUUCAACUUUGUACUGAUAUGGCCACAGGAGUUGACACUCUUGGACAAUUUCAGUUUGGUGAUCUUGUACAGCUAGAUCCACAGAAAGUUGGUGUGAUUGUCCGUCUUGAAAAAGAGAAUUUUCAAGUGCUAAGUAUGUUUGAUAAGGUGCUGAAUGUGAAACCACAGUCAGUAACCAGGAAGCGAGACACCCGUAAUGCAGUGGCAUUAGAUUCCGAAUCUAAUAAUAUUCAUGUUAAGGAUAUCGUUAAAGUUAUUGAUGGUUCACAUUUAGGUACGCAAGGAGAAAUAAAGCAUCUUUACAGAAGUUUUGCUUUCUUAAUGUCUCGAAUGAUGACGGACAAUGGUGGAUAUUUCGUUUGUCGGACCCGGCAUUUAACCCUUGCCGGUGGCUCAAGGCGUAGCAAUUCAAGCCUGAAUACCCUGGGAGCAUUGCCUCCCAUGUCACCCCACCUUUCUAGUCCAUCUCAUCCUGGUGGAGCGCCAUCAGCGACACCGCCUCAAGGGCGAGGUAAUGGGCGUGGAUCAUUCAUGAGGAGAGAUCGUGAACUCAUUGGCGAAACUGUUCGCAUUAUCCAAGGACCUUUCAAAGGUUACAUUGGUAUAGUGAAGGAUGCCACAGAGUCAACCGCACGUGUUGAGCUUCAUGCCUCAUGUAAAACUAUUUCGGUCGACAAAUCACGUCUCAAUUGUGUCCGGGGCAGAAAAGUUGGUUCUGGAAGCUCCUCCUAUGGACGUACUCCAAUGUACGCCUCCCGAACUCCAUCCUAUGGUGAUGGCAGCCGUACACCGCACUAUGGUGCCCAGACACCCCUUCAUGAAGGCAGUCGAACUCCUAUCAGUGGUGGAGCCAGUGCUUGGGAUCCAGCUAACCCUAACACUCCUUCGAGGACAAACGAUUUUGAGUACCCGUUUGAAGAUUCUGCGUCCCCCGGGGAUUAUGUUGCUGUGAGUACUCCUGCGACACCUGCUUACAAUGCUGAUACACCAAGUCCAAUGGGACCAUUUACUCCUCAGACACCAGGGACAUAUUCCCCUUAUCAAGGGACACCUUCACCCUCCGGUUAUCAAGCGACACCAAGCCCUGCUGGUUACGUCGGAACCCCAAGUCCUUCUGGCUACCAAACCUCUCCGUCACCUGGCGGUUAUGUAGCUACACCCUCUCCUUCACCAUCAACUUACAGCCCAAUGACUCCUGUGGCACCUUAUACACCACAAACACCUGGAGCAGCCAUUGACCAAACAAUGAGUGACUGGCAUAUCCCAGACAUUGAGGUUCGAGUGAAGGACAUCCAUGAUAACGUUGGCCUCAUUCACCAGACAGGAAUAAUUCGUAAUGUCAUUAGUGGAAUGUGUAACAUUUAUAUUCAAGAAGAAGAUCGUGUUGUCACAGUGACUGGAGCCCAUUUAGAACCUGUCCAGCCCAAAGUUAACGACAAAGCCAAAGUAAUAUGUGGAGAAGACCGGGAGUUAACCGGGACAGUAAUCAGUAUCGACGGAGAUGAUGGCAUGUUGAAGUUCGGUUCAGAGAUCAAGAUUUUCCCCAUUCGCUUCCUAUGCCGUGUUCCAACAUCAAAAACCAAAUAAAGCUCUUCCCAUCACCUGGAAUAUUUGAUGUAUCUGGUGAUACAUCUGAACAUCUAAUCUCUCUCUCUGUUAGAAAGUUUUCUGAACGUCUUUGCUUCCCUUUCUUAUCAGAGAUGUUCCUAGCUAUGUUCCAUCAUGUCAAAGCUAAUCUGCACUUACAUUUUUUUAAAGUAAAACAUUCUCAAAAUCA